CUUCUUUUAUGCAUGAGAAGAAGUAGGAUAAGGUGGGUAUACAGUGGAGUUAUGUUUUUAGCCUUGUUGAGGGUGCAUUAAUUGCCAUUUUUGGAGGAGAUUGGUGACCCAAUCAAAGAAGGAAGAGCCUUCUGACUUGCAUUUACUUCCAUCUACCCACUAACGUGUCACUACUAGUUUAGAACAUUAAGAAAGAGAACACAAAAAUUCUCUAAAACCAUAAUCAAACAAGACCAAUUUUCCAUUUCACAUGUAGUUUGAUCCUGUUUUCUCUCUUGAGUCUUAAUUUUUCUUUUUUUCCCCCACAUUUUCAUCAAGAUGGUUUCUAAGAAAACAGUUGUGUCAGUGGAACUGCUGUGCUCCAAGUGCAGACAGAAGGUGAUGAACUUAAUUGCAAAGAUUGAAGGAAUAACUUCAAUAGUCCUAGACCCCUCAAAAAAUACAGUGACAGUGAUUGGUGAAGCUGAUCCAGUUUGUAUCAUUAGGAAGGUAAGGAAGUUCAGGAAAACUGCUACAAUUGUGAGUAUUGGCCCUCCAAAGGAAGAGAAAAAAGAUGAAAAGAAUAAAGAAGUGAUCAUUUCUUACCCUUCAACCACUUGUAAGAAAUGCGAUGUUUGGUAUGUUGUGGCCGAAGAUGCUUACACCCAUUACUGCUCCAUUAUGUAAGUAAACAUUAAUAACAUAAAUAUAUAUAUAUAUAUUGCCAUGUAUUAGUUAUUGAGUAUGGACUUAUUACUUCUGGUUCAUAUAUUAUAUGUGAUGUUAAUUAAACAAUCAAAUACCUUUUAUUAUUUGUUUCAUGAAAUAAGUAAUUCAGAUCAGAUCACUUUCAGC